AAUUCCCAUCCCAAUAUUCGAAGCGUAUCUUAUCCCGCAUUGCCCUUAUCGCUACAUCAUUUCCCAAACACUAAUCACCUCGAUUUAACAUUCGCUCUUCGCUAUUUCUUUUUAAUUUCUGCUAUUUCUUCUUGCGUGAUGCGACGAGUGUAAACCCCAUUCCUUCGCGUCUUUCCUGGUGUGCACUGUGAGAGAGAUCGGAACAGCUUGACAACGCUACGUGCUACAUCUCGGAAGUCAUCGACUGCGCAGCAUCAACAUGCGCUCGUGAGCUCAAGCGCUCCGAAUUCUGCCCCAUUCUUUCACUCGGCAGAUCCGCGAAAAUGCAUCGCUCUAAAGCUGAGAUUGAUCGCGCUCAACGAAUUACUCGCAUUAUGUCCGUUGUCGCGGGAACUUGCAUCUCCUUGAGCUGCGGCACGAAUUAUGGCUUCUCGGCGUGGGCGCCGCAAUUUGCGGAAAAGUUGCAUCUCUCGGCCACGCAGACCAAUUUGAUCGGAAACUUCGGCAACCUGGGCAUGUAUGCCAUGGGAAUCCCAGGAGGAAUGCUUAUCGACUCGCGCGGGCCACGAUGGGGAGUUGCCAUGGGAUCCAUCUGUCUCGGCCUCGGGUAUUUCCUGUUGAAACGAGCCUAUGAUGCCGGUCCGGGCGAAUAUGGCAUGGUGACCAUGUGCCUUGCGUCCCUGCUGACUGGAGUUGGGAGUUGCACUUCAUUCUCAGCGGCGAUUAAGGUCUGCGCGACGAAUUGGCCAAAACACAGAGGUACCGCGACAGGACUACCUUUGGGUGCGUUCGGUCUCAGUGCUUUCUUUUAUACUGCCUGGGCAGCAGCUCUUUUCCCGCACGAUGCGUCAGGUUACCUUGGUCUGCUUGGGUUCGGAACCACGAUCAUGACAGCGGUUGGCAUGCUAUUUUUAAGCAUUGUAUCAACGGAGGCUGAGACGAAAUACACGUCAGUACCUCGCAAGAGAGAAGAGAGCCUUGACCGCGCGUUCAGCAGAAAUUUGAGCACCAACAGCAGCAAUAGAAGUCGGGUCAGCUCUCCGACCAGGGGUCGCAAUGUUUCUGGAAGGUCGGGCGUCAACACUCCGGAGCUGAUCAGAGAGGAAAUUGCAUCCCUACUCGAUGUGUCCGGAUCCUCAUCGCCCAUGCCUGGCGAUAUCGAUGCUGCCUACCACUCUUCAUCCGAGCUUUCUCGGAAUCGUUCGUUGUCUGGGCCGGAGCUCAAGCGGGACAUCACAGGCUGGGCCUUGGUCCGCACUGUCAAAUUCUGGCAGUUCUUUCUUAUGCUGGCACUACUUGCGGGUGUGGGGCUUAUGACGAUCAAUAAUAUCGGCAAUAAUGCCAACGCACUGUGGCAUCACUUUGACAGUGGCGCUACGAAGAAGUUCAUACAGUCGCGGCAAAUGCUUCACGUCAGCAUCCUCUCAAUUUUCUCCUUCCUCGGACGUCUGGCCUCGGGCAUUGGCUCGGACUUUUUGUUACAUCGUGGAUUCAGUCGAAUGUGGACGCUCGUGGUUUCCUCGGGCGUGUUCCUGAUCGCGCAAGUAUUCGCGCUUACGAUUGGAGAUCCUAACUAUCUAUUCAUGAUAUCAUCUCUAUCCGGAUUGGCUUAUGGCAUGCUCUUCGGAGUCUAUCCCGCCCUCAUCGCCGACGCUUUCGGCCCAAGCGGGAUGGGUAUCAACUGGGGAUGCAUGACCUUGGCGCCCGUGCUUAGUGCAAAUGCUUUCAAUCUCAUCUAUGGAAGCAUUCUGGAUGCGCACAGCACGCUCGAGUACGACGAGGAUGGUCAUCUGGAGAGGAUAUGCGACGAAGGUAUUGCCUGCUACCACAACGCGUACUGGGUCACAUUGGCAGCUAGUGUAUGCGCUGUGGGCUGGAGCUUAUGGUGUGUCGCGAGAGAAGAAGCGCAGGCCAGGAGAGAAAGAACCAAAUGGGAACGAGACGAACAUGAGCCGUAAAGGCUUCUCCUUCACUACAUAGACUUUUGGUUGUUGUUCUGCGAAAUACAAUGGUUUUUUGGUAAUGGUCAUCCAUUCCCGAGACCACGAUACCUGCGCUUGACCUGACACUGGGCAACGGACUGCAGUGGACCAGAAGUCUUGAUCAUGCAUGGCACCUCUAUAGCUGCGGCAACAUAGUGAUCAUGCUAAUCAGCAACGGCCGAAACAAGAACCGGAAACCAGGAACGACCGCAUAUAGCUUUGUCGCAUGGCUUGUGCACUAAAUCAAUGCGGCGGUCGUGGAUUAUUUUGAGCAUAAAGUGGUUCGGCCCACGUGUGUUGCAUGACGUGGUUGGUUGACAUCCGAACUUUGGUC